GUAGUUUUUGAACACCCUCUAUACGAAGCAAAUUGUAUACACAUAGUUGGACAAACGACAAAAUUUUCGAAUGUUCGACCGGUAACGUGAGCGCAUUGUUUCUUGUGCUGCAGUUUAAUAACGUAUUUAAAGUACAGUAAUUUUUGAUCAAUUGCCGGGCAUUUGUAUAAUAGAACAGAUAUAAGUGGUAAAAAGUGUCAGUUUUAAAUGGAAACUUUCAAUAGCGAAUAAAGUUUGAGACGAACAAUUAAGAUAUUCUAUUUCAUUUUUUGCUGACAAUAUUGUACGAAUUCGUAAGAGAUGAGUAAUAUCAAACUUGAUGUACAGUGGUCUCCGAUUCAUGCAAAUAAAUUCGUUACAUGGGGUACAGAAAUUUGCUUGUACGAAGUUAUACAAGCAAAAGAUAAUAUCAGACAAUUAUAUACGAAGAUUUCUGAUUACACCGUUGCUCAUUUACUUGCUACAAAUACGAAUCAUCAUUACGUUAAAUGUAUCGAUAUAUAUCCACAACCGGAACCAGAUAUUUUAUUGGCCGUUGGACAAGCGAACGGAAAAGUUGUUUUAACUACUUUCGGUCCAACCAUUUUUGAUUCUCAAGGUCUUAGCGGAAAAGAAUUAGUUCCGAAACACGCGAGGCAAUGCAAUACAGUUGCUUGGAAUCCUAUAGACACAAAUUUGAUCGUGUCCGGUUUGGAUAAACAUAGUAAAGAUCAUUCUAUUUUAUUAUGGGAUAUUAAUAAAGGUUUGCAAUGCGCGGAAAGAGUCCAUCAUCAUAAUACGGUGCAAACAGAUUCUGUAAGACCUAUCGCCGAAGUUGGUGUUUCCGAAACGAUACAUUCGGUUGCUUGGUUCAAACACGAACAAAAAUGUAUGGCAGUCGGGGCUAACAAUAAACAGUUAAAAAUUAUUGAUUUCAGGGAUUCUGCUAAAGUAGUAAAUACGGCGGUAACUAAAGCAGUUUAUAACGUAUCGGUUAAUCCGCAUAAUAACUACCAUUUAGUAUCGAGCGUUGAUAAUCAGGUAACAAUUUGGGAUACACGAUGCUUCGAAAAGCCUGUUUUAACUUUGUUUCAAGGCAGACAAAUUACAAAAGUUUUGUGGUGUCCAACUAGACAGAACCUUUUAGGAGCUUUACAAAAAGAUUCGGCGACGUUGCAUUUAUACGAUAUUCAACAUUGCGGAAUCGGUGGAGGAGAAGAUACCGAGCCUGGAGCGUUAGAAAGAACGGUUGCUCCACCGUGGCAUAGUCCUGUAAGUUUUUCUUGGCAUCCGACACACGUGAACAGAUUGUUAGCAAUAUCUCAACAAGGACUCACGGAUUAUACCGUUUGCGAAAGAAUUACGAUAAAUUGGUCAACGCGAUCUCACGUAGCUUGGAAUCAUGCAUCUAAAUCGUUUAAAUACAUAUGCAACGACGACAGCAUCUAUAAAGCUUUGGAUGAUAUUUCCAUUUUAACUAAAACACGCGCGGCUUCGGAAUACGGACUACUUCCAGAGCUUGCCCAAAACGGUGAAUUGGCUGAGAACGAUACUUUAAAGAAUUUGUGGCAAUGGUUGUAUCUGAGUCGUUAUUUAGUCGAGGAUGGUACUAUACCGAGUCCGGAUAACAAACAUCCGGGUGUCAGAACAGUUUUAAAAUUAGAUAGUCAACAAGGAUCUAACAAUGGUUUCUUAAAAUCGGAAUUGAUUCAUCGUCCUUGGUCAGAUAUAGGAUCUAAUCACACCGCAAAAAUUUACAGAUCUCCAGAUAGAGAUAAAGGAUUGCUCUUAUGCGGUUGGAGGUUCGAUAGAGAGACCAAUACUCUCUAUGAUAAUUUAUUUCUAGACAGGUUAGAAAGAGAAGGAGCAUAUCCGAGAGCAGCGGCAAUAGCGGUAUUCAAUUUAUGUUUACGGCAAGCCAUAGAAAUUCUAAAUCGCGGUGCUAGUAAAAUGUCCAUGUCUGCAAAUUUAAAUAUCGUUGCUAUGGCUUUGUCCGGAUUUUCCGAAGAUAGGAACAGCAUGUGGAGAGAAUCGUGUUUAAAAUGCAGAUCUCAACUGUCCGAUCCCUAUUUGAGAGCAACUUUUGCAUUUUUAACAGCGGACGAUUCGUACGAAAAUGUUUUAAACGAAAACGGUAUGGCAGUCGAGGAUCGAGUGGCGUUUGCCCUAAUGUUUUUAUCGGACAAUAAAUUGAGCGAUUAUUUAAAAAAAUUGACUCAGAAAUUAACAGACGAAGGCAAUUUAGCUGGUUUCCUUUUAACAGGUGCCAGUUUAGAAGGUAUACAGUUAUUAAAUCGGUAUUUAGAAAUCACCGGUGAUGUUCAAAGUUGUAGUCUAAUAGCUAUUCGAGCAUUUACAUCGAAGUUACUUCAAGAAAAUCAAGUUCAAGUCUGGAUUACUAGUUACAGAAACCUCUUAAACGCUUGGAAAAUGUGGACCCAAAGAGCACAUUUCGAUAUCGCUAUGCGAUCCGCUACAAACGAGAAACCGCCACAACAAAUAUAUAUUUCUUGUAAUUUUUGCGGCAAAAGUAUAUCCGCGUUUAUGCAGGGUCUUAGUAGAACAAGAGUUCCUUUUGGUAGAUUAGGAAGCACUCCCAAUAAAUUAAAGAUGUCUUCAUGCCCAAACUGUCGAAAACCGUUACCACGAUGUGCCAUUUGUUUGAUGCACAUGGGUACUGUAAGUGGCUUACAAAUGACAACAUCCGGUGUUAGUAGAAACGAAGAAUGCGAUAACAAAUUAACAGAAUUCAAUAAUUGGUUCACAUGGUGUCAAACGUGUAGACACGGUGGUCAUGCUGAUCAUAUUACGCAUUGGUUUCGGCAACAUUCCGAAUGUCCAGUAACAUCGUGUACGUGUAGAUGCUUUUCAUUAGAUGCAUCGUGCAAAAUUGGAACGAGUAUCGUAUAAAUAGAGAUAAUAUGAUCGAAGAAUU